AUGGACUCUUCUCCUCGACCAAGCGCCUCCGUGCUGGUGCUGCGCUGCAUGCGGUGCGCUCGAUCUGCUGAGACGACGACGACCGACGACGCAAGCACAGCCGGCAUGGUGCGCAUCUCCCACAACCUCUACUACUGCGAGCGCUGCGCCAAGAUCGUGGGAUACAAAUAA